AUGAUUUUUAAUGAUUUACCUAAAUCGGGAUUCAUUGAAAUGUAUAGAUCAUUCAUCCGUGAAUACUUGUCAUUUUCUAUUUAUGCAUUAUUAGCGUUAGCAGAUGAUAAUGCAUUAGCGCAUGGAAGAUGA